AUGAAAUGCACAAAUCUUAAAGACUUCCCAAUACCAUCGAGUCUUAAGACCCUCUCACAAUGGAUGUUCUCAGAAUGCAAUAAUCUACUUGAAGUUACAAUUCCAACAAAAUUUGAUACGUUACCUGCAGCUAUUUUCUCAGAUUGCAAGUGUUUACAGAAGAUUCAUGUCCACAACAAUCUGUAUUUCAUGGAUGCUCAGUGCUUAUACGGUUGCAGACUUAGAAAAUUUGUCAUGCCAAAUUCAGUCGAAUCUGUCAGCAGAGAUAUCCUUUCACAGAAUCUUUACUUAGAGUAUUUGAAGAUUUCAGAUAACAUUCUUGAAACCCCUUAUAACAUGGCCGCAGGAAAUAUCAGAUGCUACCAUUUGGAACUCCCAAGCAACCUUAUUUCCGUUGGAAGUUACUCAUUUCCACAAAUUGCUGCUAUUGAACUCAAAUUCCCUCCAACAACAAAAUUAAUUGGAGAGGGAGCUUUCCAAAAUUGUCCAAAUCUUGGCAAAGUAGAUCUUCCAAAGCCACUCCCUACAAUUGAAGAUAGAGCUUUUCAAGGUAACAAAGUUUGCUUCAAGAGUACAGGAGGACUCACUCAAGAUGAAAUUUACGUUCUUAAAGGACGUUAUUCUUCAGGAGCUUUCAGAAGCCAGUGCCUUGACCCAGAUUGCUACCAAGAUAUCCACCCAAUUCCAAAACUACUCAGUGAUGAUUACCAAGUAUUCCAACCAGAUCAGUUAAAAGAUUAUCCAGAUUACGAUCCAGGGCCAGAAGGUGAAGUAGACACAACAACUGGUGGUAAAUCUGGAACAGAUAAAAGUGGUGGAAAUACAGGUGGCAACACCGGUGGAAAUACAGGGGAUGGCUCUGGUGAUAAUAACCAAGGAAAUGGUUCAAGUGAAAAAGGUUCUCUUUCUACAGGAGCAGUCGCUGGUAUAGCCGUUGGAGCUAUUGUUGCUGUUGCUGUUAUUGUUGUCGUAGUAAUUCUAGUCAUUCGUUUCGUAAGAAGACCUAGAACUGGAGAUUACGAAUUAGAAAUGUCUGAAUAA